AUGUCAAUAACUGCUUCCUUACUCCAACCCACCCCACUCAAAUGGCACCACCACCCUCUCCUCUUCUCCCCUUCCCGCCCUCCUCCUCUCCCGCCCAAAUCACUCCACCUCAUCACCCCCACCUCUCGCUUCAAACUCAACUGCUUCUUCUCACCGGAAUCCAAACCGGAGCUCACAACAAAACCUAACCCAAUAGAAGUCAUCGCGGAUAAAUUAUUAAAUGCUGUCAAGGCGCUGAGCAAGCCCGCAAUGGUGGCGGUGCUAUUGGGCCUGGUACUGAUGUCCGACCCGAACCCGGCUUUGGCAGCCUCGGGCGGUCGGGUCGGGGGAAAGUCGUUCUCGUCGCGGUCGAGUUCGUCCAGUUCGUCGUCAUCGGCGAGGAGUUACUCGGUGCCGAGGACGUCGAGGCCGGACUUCUCGUACUCGGCGCCGUACUACGCGCCGUCGCCGUUCGGGUUUGGUGGCGGUGGAGGCGGGUUUUAUGUGGGCCCGGCGGUGGGAGUCGGAGUCGGGGCGGGGUCGAGUUUCUUUCUGAUUCUGACGGGUUUCGCGGCGUUUGUUUUGGUUUCGGGUUUUCUUUCGGAUCGGUCUGAGGGGAGUGUGCUUACUGCUACUGAGAAAACUACUGUUCUGAAGUUGCAGGUUGGGUUGUUGGGAUUGGGGCGAGAACUACAGAGGGAUCUUGAUCGGAUUGCUGAUACGGCAGAUACUUCUACCCCUGAGGGUUUGAGCUAUGUUAUGACAGAGACUACACUUGCUUUGCUUAGGCAUCCUGAUUAUUGCAUCUCUGGGUAUUCAUCGGUGUCUCUGAAACGAAGCAUAGAGGAUGCAGAGAAAGGCUUCAAUCAACUUUCUAUUGAAGAAAGGGGUAAAUUUGAUGAAGAGACACUUGUAAAUGUGAACAGCAUAAGAAAGCGGAGCUCAACAAGCCAGAGAUCUAAUGGAUUCCGCAAUGAAUACAUAGUGAUAACAAUAUUGGUGGCUGCUGAAGGAGUGCACAAGUUACCUGCAAUCAAUGGCAGUGGCGACUUGAAGGAAGCACUGCAGAAGCUUGCAUCCAUUCCCCCAAGCAAAUUAUUAGCAGUAGAGGUGUUGUGGACUCCUCAGAAUGAAAAUGACACUCUAUCUGAGCGUGAACUACUUGAAGAUUACCCACUUCUGAGGCCUUUAUGAGAUAACAUUUGGACUACCCUACACUAAGCAACAAGAGGCAUGAAGUUAUUCAGAGGGUGUGUCUGAGAUGUACAGAAAUAAUACAAGUGUAAUACAAAGAUGUAUGUAUAUUUAGCUUAGAGUAGUUUCACCACGUUUCUAUAAUCGCCUGUGUGGUAAGUAAAAUUUAGCAUACCAAAAGCUCUACUCCUUAACUGGCCAGAUAAAACAGGGCA